GCUGGGCUGGGCGGGCGGCGGGACCCGCCGUGGCGGCGCGGGCGGCCGGUGCCGGUGAGGCUGCAGCAUGAAGCUGAGCUUGGGCCGCCUGUCCCUCCUCGUGGCCCUGGUGGGAGCGUCAAGCUUCGUCUUCCUCGUGGUGGCCAUCGCGACCGACUUCUGGUACAUCAUCGAUGCCUCCAAGCUGGAGACUUCCCGCAACGGCACGGACGCCCUGAGCUCCCACUCGGGCCUGUGGCGGACCUGCCGCGUGAGGAACGAAUGUUAUCCUUUGAUAAACCCUUUCUGGCAUGAGAAUGCAAACAUCACUGAUUCACACAGACAGCUUUUAUAUAUGCACGGAACAUUUGUCAUCCUGAUGCCUCUCAGCCUGAUAUUGAUGAUUUUUGGAGGAAUGACUGGAUUCAUCAGUAUUAUUGCCAGGGCCUACCUACUACUUCUAAUGACAGGACUGCUCUUUCUUUUUGGAGCUCUUGUUACACUUACUGGGAUCAGUGUUUAUAUUGCAUAUUCAGCUGCUGCCUUCAAAGAAGCUGUCUGCCUCCUGAGGAGUAAGGAUCUCCUGGUAGAAAUUGACAUCAGGUUUGGCUGGUCACUGGCACUAGUCUGGAUCUCCUUUGUCACAGAAGUGCUCACUGGGGCUGUGUUUCUCCUGGCAGCAAGAGUUGUGGGUCUGAAACAACGACGUGAACAGGCGUUAUGAGCAGCAGGUACCAUUGCAGCAUCAGAACGCCACAGAGCAUAGAAGUGUGGAUUGCUUAGUCCAUCUGGUCACUAGGGGUAAUAAAAUUGGCAAGGCUGUGACUGAGUGUCUUGUCAGUUGCCAUAAACCUUUUUCCUCACAGUGAGCUACAAAAAACAAAGAUUCUGAUAAAUAAGUAAAACAUAUCAAGUGUUGUCAACAAGAAAACUCUUAUGACUUUAGAAGAAAAUACAGUGCAGUGUUAGCAUCUCCAAAGUAGUUUAAUCUGUCAGCAAAUAAGGCAUCUCAAAUCAUUGCUUAGAACAGGCAGAUUUCUUGCUUUCUUUUCUCCUUUCUGCUGUCCCAGCGAAGUGCCUCAGAGUACCUUGCAGGCCAGUAUGCACGGCUCACUUAGCUUUUGGUUACUUCUCUGAGAGUCCUGAUAAGUAUGCAUCCUAGGAUUCCAGACAUGUUGGCAGCUUCUACCAGCAGAGGUGCUCUGAGAUGGCUACCUUGUGGUAGAGAGUGUGAUCUUGAGGCACCCUCAGUAAAUUUGCUGACAACAUCAAGCUGCAUGGUGUAGUCAAUACAUUGGAGGGAAAGGAUGGGAUCCAGAGGGACCUGGACAUGCUGGAGAGGUGGGACCGCACAAACCUCAUGAAGUCCAAGAAGACCAAGUGCAAGGUCCUGCAUGUGGGCUGAGGCAAUUCCAAGCACAACUACAGACAGGGUGCAGAAUGGAUUGAGAGUAGCCCUGAGGGGAAGGACUUGGUGGUGCUGGUUGACAAGAAGCUCAACAUGAGCUGGCAGUGUGCGCUUGCAACCCAUAAAGCCAUGUAGUAGUGACUAUGAUGGUGAAGUUCUCAAGUGUAGUGCAGUGGGGAAUGUACUGCAAGAGAAAGAUACAGCUUCUUUUCCAGAUGUUUUAAGUACCUACUCUAGCCAGCCACAAUCUGUCAGAUGCUCAGGCUAUACACUUACCAGUUUCAGCUUAUUACUGCCUGCUUUUUCAGUUCUGUAGUGAGGAAUACGAAUCUGAUGCAUUUCCCAGUUUUUAUGUAGCAAUUUUGACAGUGCUUCUUUUUAAUGAAAUUGGUUCACAUGCUUUGUGCUAGAAUAUGCUUAACAUGUGCUGAAAACUUUUGGCAUAAACUGGAAACACAGAAUACCUGUGUUUUAUCUUAGCUGCCAAGAAGUCUCGGUUUUCUUAAUUAGUUUUUCCUCUGGGUAAUAACUGUUUAAGACAAAAUUUACUUCACUGCCUACUGAAGUUAAGGAAGAAUUUUUCCCCUGCCUGCUAUAGCUUUCAAUAAAGACUUGGAUGUGUUAACAGCUCUGCUACAUUUCUGUUAGACCAUGUACUUCUGGAGGACUUCAGCAUAUCACUGUUCAUGACUGUGGCUCAAGAGCUGUGUCAGCAAGGCACACUAUGUCACUGGGCAAGUCCCUUGUACUUUUCCCAGUAGUGCAAAGGGCAACAUUUACCUACCUCUGUUAAAUAUCAGAACAAUUUCAUCAUUUGUCUUGCGUUAAAGAUUGCACAUUUAUUCUUAUGGAGCUCAGCUCUUAAUCUUAGUCACACAGUACCAAUUAUUUUACAAAAAAAUAGUGGCAGGGAGCUUUUGAGACCUUAUAGUCUUUGGAGAUGUAAGGAAACAUUGUUAGUGCCAUGCUGUGAAUGGAGAACAGAGGCAGAAAAACUGUCCAAGGUCACUUGAAACCAGAGUUUCUGAAUCUCAGUCCAAGACCUUAGUUGGUAACACCUUGCUUGUUAUCGGGAUGAAGCAAGUCCUGAAUAGACUGAGCAGUAGAAAUUCUGUGACUAGGCAGUACAAUUUUGUAAUUCUCACCUGCUCCCACAUUGGUUUCCACGUAUCUUCCAUUUUGCCUUGUGCUGAGACUGUGUAAUUGAGUCGUUUUACAAGUUAAAGCGUAUCAAAUCAGAGCUGUAAGAAGAGUAAGAAAAAAAUCCUUUGUAUCCUAAAUUCCAUGUGCUGAAGUGGAUUAUGUAAAAUGUGAUAUUUCUAUGUUUUGGUGCUGGUGAAGCUAUUUAUAAUGCAAUUUGUAUGGUGUUACUUGGACAUUACUGGAAACUGCAACAGUAAAAUGUUAUCUGAGUUGUUUUUUGAAUAUUUAUUACAGGUGUUAUUUUCCAGUGGUUUUAAACGUUGUAAAAUUAAAUAAAAUGACUUCUCAGAGCUGAGAAUUAUUUA